GUGAUUUGAUCAGACGAGUUACAACCGGAGAAGAGCAGGAGAAGACUCUCAGUUUCCGGGCGUUUUUACUCUGACUUCUAAAAUCAUGGCCGGUGCAGUCUAAAGAUGUGACAAUGUUGCUCAAGGUGAAGUACCAGGAUACCAAGAAGUACAUCCGAUUAGUGUCAGGGUUCACAUAUUUGGAUUUCAUUGCUCAAGUGAAAUGCAAGUUUGGACUUCCUGCUGCUACCGAACUUGAUGCUUUUGAUGAAACUAACAAAGUAGUUGAGGAAAACAUCUUUUCUGAACUGAUAGAGGACAGUCGAGAUUUAUGCCUGACAGUACGUGACAGAAUUCCUAAUGCAGAUCAUCCUGCAGAUGGAAAGAUGGAGGCUGCAGCUGAAACCAAGAUAAACGUGCAGUCUAAAGAUGUGACAAUGUUGCUCAAGGUGAAGUACCAGAAUACCAAGAAUGACAUCCAAUUAGUGUCAGGGUUCACAUAUUUGGAUUUCAUUGCUCAAGUGAAAUGCAAGUUUGGACUUCCUGCUGCUACCGAACUUGAUGCUUUUGAUGAAACUAACACAGUAGUUGAGGAAGACAUCUUUUCUGAACUGAUAGAGGCCAGUCCAGAUUUAUGCCUGACAGUACGUGACAGAAUUCCUCAUGCAGGACAAGAUCUGUAUGAAGAGGUAUCCAGAUGUGUAGAUGAGAUGGGCCUGCCUUGGGAAAAACUCGUGGGAUUGACAACAGACGGAGCACCCGCGAUGUGUGGGCACAGGAGUGGAUUGGUGGCAAGGAUGCGUGAGAGGAUGCGGGAGGAAAACGUCACAGACCAGACGGAGGAGCGUGCAGCUGACACUGAGGUGGUGAACCAGGGAACCACCGUCAAGGACAUAAUGCUCAGUUGGUGGGACAGUAUCGAGGACAGUUUUGUUUGA